GCAGAGAGAUGGAAUUGUCCGCAAUAACCAAACUCAGGCACACACGUGUCCCGCCUGGGGACUGCAGCACCUGCUCCCCUCGCCCUCACUGACAAGGGGUUAAUGUGCGCAAGGUUUCCCAGUUGCUGUGGCUUUGCCUUACUCCGCCCCCUCCUCCCUAUGUGCUCCUGUAUGUGUGUGUCACUGUGUGAGCUCAGCCUGCCUCCCUGGCCGUGCCUUUCCGCCUCCCUGCAGCCGCCCUUCCCCUCACACUGCUCCCACUUAUUCUGGCUAUUGUGUAUAAUCUCCGCGCAGCCGACUCACUCUAAUCAAGAAGAUUAGAGAUUCUUGCGCGUCCGGAAAUCCCAAUUCCCACCCCCCGCCGACCCGGCCCCCCCUCAUCCAUCUCAUCUCACAUCCAGCAAACUCUUUCCUGUCUUUUAAAACUUACUAUUGCGCCCUCCUGCUUUUCCUAUUCUCCCCCAUAUAUGACCCCCCCCCCAUUUGUGUACCCAUUAUCCAGCCUUGCUUACUGCUCUCCUCCCCCCCAACUCUCAUCAUGUCUCUCCUCCUCCUCCUCUGUCUCUCUCCCAGGACGUCGGCUGAUCCGGGGCCGCCAGGGAAGGGCUUGGGGGGCUGAUGGAAGGGAGAUGGAGCUCCGGCCGUGGCCUGGCUGGUGCUACUUUGUAUUAAAAUGAGAAGGAGGAAGAAGAAACAGCAGCAGCAGCAGCAUCGCUAAUAGCAGGAGCAAUAAUAGAGCAGGGAACGGCGGCAGCACCAGCAGGAGGAGGAGGAGUGAUGAGUCAAUACAACUAAUAAUUUAAUGGGGACACAGAAUCGCAGAGAGAGAGAGACGCAAGGCAGCUCCGGACAAACAAACAUACACAACACACACUCACUGAUACAGCAACCUGCCAGCCUGGGAAGAACACAACCAACAACCUAACAACAACUCCUGAUUGUUAUCAUCACCACCAUCAUCCUCAUCCUCAUCCUGCCUAUUGUUAAAUAAUGCAAGAACCCGAGACAGGAGAACUGAAUAAACCCAGGACUGAGGAGAGACAUUUUGCCUCCAGCACUUUGUUGUGACCUUCCCCUUUAUUUUCAUUUUUUUUAUUUAGCAUUUCUGGGGAUCUCACUUUUUUUUCUGCCUUCGAGUUUCCUCUCCUUCGUUUCUUUAUCCAUCAUUCCUCUUUUCUGUUAUUUUAUUUUACUGUGGGAGGGGGGAGUUGAUGAAGAAGGCUGCAACCUUUACUGAAUUUUAUUGCCAUAGAAGUGGAAGCCUGAAACCCCACUUGGGUCUCUCCACUUUCUUCUCCUGAGAUGUUUCAAUUUAGUAACUGAAUCUUCUCUGCUAGAAACUUUGUUGCAAUUAGUGUUCCAUUGUGAAAGUGACUGCACUACUGGAUGUCACUGCUAGCAACUCUCUCUGCGGUGCGGCCACUUCUUCACACCUAUCAGUGCACCUAUUUGUUCCUCCAAUGUGAAGCUAGCUCCAACUAUCUGGUGAUCCUUAGAGGCGGGACUGAGCAUGGAUCAUUCGAACGAGACAACUCAGGGGAUAGAACAUUCAGAAAUGUCUAACAAUGUAAACGAUCCAAAGGGUCCACCAGCCAAAAUAGCCCGCCUUGAGCAGAAUGGCAGUCCUCUAGGUGGAAGAGGAAGACUUGGAAGCACAGGAAGCAAAAUGCAUGGAGUGCCACUUAGACAUUCUUCACAACUGAUAAGGACAAAUAUUCGGAAAGGGAAUAUGAUUCCAGUGUUCUGUGUUGUAGAACAUUAUGAGAACUUCAUUGAAUAUGACUGCAAAGAAGAACAUGCUGAAUUUGUAUUGGUCAGGAAGGACAUGCUGUUUAAUCAGCUGAUUGAAAUGGCUUUGCUAUCUCUUGGAUAUUCUCACAGUGCAGCUGCCCAGGCUAAAGGGCUAAUCCAAGUUGGCAAGUGGAAUCCAGUUCCCCUCUCCUGCGUGACAGAUGCCCCUGAUGCCACAGUAGCAGACAUGUUGCAAGAUGUAUUCCAUGUGGUCACACUGAAAAUACAGCUACACAGUUGUCCUAAACUAGAAGACUUGCCUCCAGAGCAGUGGUCCCACAUAACAGUCAGAAAUGCUCUAAAGGACUUACUGAAAGAUAUGAACCAGAGUUCGCUGGCUAAGGAAUGUCCCCUUUCACAGAGUAUGAUUUCUUCCAUUGUGAACAGCACUUACUAUGCAAAUGUUUCAGCAGCAAAAUGUCAAGAAUUUGGAAGGUGGUAUAAACAUUUCAAGAAGACAAAAGAGAUGAUGGUGGAUAUUGAAGAAUUAUCAGAACGCUCUCAACAAAGUAGCAAUCAUGUAAACUAUGGUCAGCAGCCUGGUUCUGUUGGUACUCCAGAAAACCCUUCAUCCCCGGUUCAGAUUUCUCACAGUAGUCAACCACCUGCGAGGACACCACUUCCCAAUUUGCAUCCAGGACUUGUUUCUACUCCCAUCAGCCCUCAGUUAGUAAAUCAGCAGCUGGUAAUGGCUCAGUUACUGAACCAGCAAUAUGCUGUAAACAGACUACUCGCACAACAGUCCUUAAACCAACAGUACUUGAACCAUCCUCCUCCUGUCAGUAGAUCAAUCAACAAGCCUUUAGAGCAACAGGUUUCGCCCAACACAGAAGUGUCUUCCGAUAUCUACCAGUGGGUACGUGAUGAAUUAAAACGAGCAGGAAUCUCGCAAGCAGUAUUUGCACGAGUGGCUUUCAACAGAACUCAGGGCUUGCUCUCUGAAAUACUGCGAAAGGAAGAAGAUCCCAAGACAGCAUCACAAUCCUUACUUGUAAAUCUUAGAGCAAUGCAGAAUUUCCUUCAACUGCCUGAGGCUGAGCGUGACCGUAUAUACCAGGAUGAAAGGGAAAGAAGCCUUAAUGCAGCAUCAACCAUGGGUCCAACACCUUUGAUAAGCACACCAACAAGUCGGCCAUCACAGGUGAAGACUACUACCAUUGCAACAGAGCGGAAUGGGAACCUGGAAAACUGCACGAUGAAUAUUAAUGCUUCCAUUUAUGAUGAAAUCCAGCAAGAAAUGAAGAGAGCGAAAGUAUCCCAGGCUCUGUUUGCAAAGGUUGCAGCUUCUAAAAGCCAGGGCUGGCUGUGUGAACUAUUACGAUGGAAAGAAGACCCUUCACCGGAAAACAGGACUCUGUGGGAGAACCUUUCAAUGAUUCGAAGGUUCCUAAGUCUUCCCCAAACAGAAAGAGAUGUGAUUUAUGAGCAAGAGAGCAAUGCGGUUCAUCAGCACAGUGAAAGGCCAUCUCAUGUGAUCCAUGUUUCUGCAGAACAGAUUCAGCAGCAACAACAGCAGCAGCAACAACAACCACAGCCUCUGGGACCCAGGUUACCACCUAGACAGCCCACAGUUGCAUCUCCAGCUGAAUCAGAGGAAGAAAAUCGCCAGCAACCCCGGCCACGAACAAAGAUCUCUGUUGAGGCCCUGGGUAUUUUGCAGAGCUUCAUACAAGAUGUAGGGCUUUACCCUGAUGAAGAAGCUAUUCAAACACUGUCGGCACAGCUUGACCUACCCAAGUACACCAUUAUUAAGUUUUUCCAGAACCAGAGGUACUAUCUUAAACACCAUGGAAAGCUGAAAGACAAUUCUGGCCUUGAAGUCGACGUAGCCGAUUAUGAUGACGAGGAGUUGCCUAAAGAUUCAGAAGAGAUUGCACAGGACAAAUGUACUAGUACACUGUUUCCAGUUAAACUUGAAGAGGAUCUCACUGGGGAAGGAAAUACAGAUAUCACUGCUGAUAUGAAAGACUUAUAAAGUAUUAUUUUUAUUCAGAUAUUCCACUGGUAUUACCAAUCACUAUUUCAUCCUAUGUACUGUCAAUAGCGUUUUUGAGUACAUUUUUCAGACAAGACAUCUUGACAAAAACUUGCACAAAAAAAAGGUUUAAAAAAAAAAAUUAAAAAAAGACUAAAUGAAACAGAAAAUACAUGUUUUACUCUGUCUAUGAACUGUUCUGAUUCCUUAUAUAAGAGAUUGUUUGAUAGUUAUAUUCACUGGAUAAGCCACAAUGAACUUGACGCGCAUGAUUCUAGUGCAGGUGAAUCCUUCCCUGGAGCGUACAAACAAGCAUAUGAAGCUUUUCGUGUACCCUUUGUUUUCUGUUCUCCUGUUCGAUCCCACAUUCGAUCUUCUGAAAGUUAUAAAUACGAGUGUAUGUUUCUCUUGCACAGGUAUAGAGUACAAAGAAACCCUAUCCUGUGCGAUGCAGUCACAAAUGCUAACAUGCCAACAAUGCCUUGUGUUAUAUGGCACUGCCGUAAUCUUUAGAUUUCCUCUUUUCUUUUGGAAAUAAAAUGUCACUAAUUUUUUUUUUCUUUUUAAUUUGUUGUUAAUAAGACGGAGUUUGGUCCCAUUUAAUUAUCUGUAGAUCCCGCAUCUUGUUGUAAUUAUUUUAUUUCUCCAGGAUUUUUUUUUAUAACAAUACAAGUAAAUAGUGGUUCUAUUUGUUACCAUUCAGAUUUGAUUUUUUUUUCUAUUUAUAUAUGUAUUUUGAUGGGCAGUAAAACAAAAGUGUCUUAAAAAGUUUUAAAUAGAGAAAAUGUGCUUUACAGAGUUGCCUAUAAAAAGUGCUCUAUGUUAUUCAAGCAAUUCAUACUUAUAAGCUUCACUCUUAUUGUGGUAUGCAAUUUUUACUAUCAUGCAAACAAGCUUAGGUAAAUCAAACAAAUAGAUCACCUUAGAAACUUAUGCAAUUAAUGUGAAAAAUAAUUGAUGUUUGCAAUGUGUCUUCCCCUUGGUUUACAAUCAAUUUUCAAGCUACAUCUGUACAAAGUUACUGUAUAAAGGUGUAUUUCUUUUUUAUGAGUUUAUUGCUAUGAAAACACCAGUUAUUUUGUUACAGCUGGCUGUUUUUAUAAAUGUACCACAAUUUUCUUUAUGCAAAGAUGUUCUGACUAGGAGUGGUUAUUGACUGUAACUACACAAUUAAAAUUGUUUGUUUGGUAUAACAUGGAAAAGGGUUGUCUCUGUGUAUAGUAUAUGGAACUAAAACUGAACAGAUUACUCUGAUUUACAGAUGCUUGUGGGUUGUGUUCUUGCAAGCAGUAUGUGGGACGAGAGAAAUAAAAUGUCAUACUUUGAGUUUAUUAUG